GUGACACAACACUGGCGCUGCUUGUUCACGUUGCUCCUAUAUCCGUGAUUAUCAAACAAACAAACAAACUUCCCUUUCCAACUGAGGUGUCUUCCUCUUCACCAGGCCCGAAACAAAUGUCCGCUCCUCCUGACGAAGAUUUGGUGAAGCAGUGGGAGAGCGAGCAGGCCCGUCUCAGACAGCAGGUGGUGGAGGAUGACACUGAGGACUGGCAGAGGUGUCCAGACUUCUCGGGCCUGGAGAGAGUCGGAGGAGUGGAUCUCUCCUUCAUCAAAGGAGAUGACUUCAAUGCCUGCGCCCAGCUCGUGAUACUCAGCUACCCAGAGCUGGAGAUGCUGUAUGAGGACAGUCAGAUGGUGACCCUGACGGCCCCCUACAUCGCUGGCUUCCUGGCGUUCAGAGAAACCCCAUUCUUCCUGGAAGCUUUGCAGCGGCUGGAGAGGAACCAGCCUAAACUUCUGCCUCAGGUGGUGUUUGUGGAUGGGAAUGGUCUCUUCCACUACAGAGAGUUCGGUCUGGCGUGUCAUCUUGGAGUGCUGUCGGGGCUUCCGUGUGUGGGCGUGGCCAAGAAUCUGCUGCAGGUGCAGGGCGUGUACAAGAAUGAGGAGCACCAGUCACAGAUAGCUGCUCUGCAGAAAGGAGGAGACAGCUUCCCACUCACAGCCGCCUCAGGCAAAGUGCUCGGAAAGGCAUUGCGAAGCUCCGACAAGAGCUCUAAACCGGUGUAUGUAUCCGUUGGCCACAAGAUCAGCGUGGACACAGCUGUACGCCUCACACACUCCUGCUGUCGCUACAGAGUCCCAGAGCCCAUCAGACAGGCCGACUGUCGCUCCAGAGAAUACCUUCGCACACACUUCCCAGCUACAGAUGCAUGAGUCAAAGACUGAGGUGCAGGGCCCAGACUGACCCAGACUGUGGAGCAAACAGUUCUGAAGCCAACUCUGCUUCUAAGGGACAGUAAAUAAAACAUGUUCAGGUGACUCAGGGGCACAAAGCUUUAAUUAUUUUUUUUUUCUCAAUCUUUCUCGAGCUUUUUGUCUCUCUGUUCUCCACUCAUUCUUUGUUUCACAGGCAUACACAAUGAAUUCAGAAAAUCAAAGUUAAUGUAGACUAUUAAAGGUUAAGUUCACAAGUCUGUCUUAAAAGUCAGGUGCCCAUAAGUUUGUUUACAGGUUUGGCUUUCUGUAAUCUUUCUCCCCAUUCAUACUGGCCAGUAAAAGCAACAUGCAACAUCAACAUAAGUGAUGGGGAAGUUAUCUGAAGCUAAUGUGAGGCCCAUAUAUAAUUAUAUUUGCCUGAAGAGGUCCUCUUCCUAGCUAACUGCAAAAUUCCCUCUUCCUGUGUUUCCUUGCUGAGCUGCUGAGGUGGCCAGAAACUUGACUCUAUAUAAAUGCUAAUGUUGCUCUGUGUCUGCUGGAUGUGUAAACAGCCCAUUUUUGGCUAAUAUGUUAUCCAAAACAAGGCCAUACUACGUCAAACGUGUGUGAUGUUAAGGUUGUUGUGCUCUGCUCCCAAGCGGCCAAAAACACUGACUAAUACUGCUUUGAAACUCAUGUUUUAAAGAGUGCAAAUCUAUCAUUGAAUCUUGUUGUAAAUGCAUACUUUUGGCAGUUUUUUUAGCACAACUUUUGUUUUAAAAAUAAAUGCAUGGAGAGUCCAUUAAUUCAAUCAACCCGUUUUAUAUGCUGCAUUAGCAGACUACAAAACUACAGUCAAGCAGACCAGCACAGAGUUAGAAUAGCCCUUUACUUUUCCUCAAAGACCCAUGAAUCCUUGCAUCAAAUAUGUUUUAUCCUAUCCUGUUUAAGUGCUGAGUGCAAAGUAAUUUAAAUGUCACUGCAUCAUAGCUGUUUGCUGUGCUGUUUCUUCCACAAUUUGUCGUCUCAUUCUCCUCCUCUCUGUUUGUAUGUGCAUGAACAGAAAAUGCUCCCUGUUUAAUUUGAUAUGGAAAUUGAAGCUGGGGUUAUGAUGAAGUCAUUUUUCUCCAUUUAAGAAUCCCCCAGGCAUUUCCUCUAUUGUUCUCAUGUUUCCCUUUCUUAUUUGUCCUUGUUUUACCAUCCCCACUUAUUGUUCCCUCAUUUGUUCCACUUCCACUGGCUCAGCUUCAUCAAAAUUUGUUUGUGCUUUAUAUAUUCAGCCCCCUCUAAUCUGUUCUGUGUGACUCCUCCUUUAUCUGGCACUAAGAUGAAAUCGCUGGCUCAUUCUGCUUUUUUGUUGAGAUAUUAACAGAUGGAGACAUUAGUCAUUUUGAACUAUUAUUAAUAUUAUUAUAAUAUUUUGCGCAACCUAACAAAACACAGGACAUCACGUGUAUGUGCUGUGGGUACAUGGGUUGCAUUACCAUACAUAGGAAUUACAUUAUAUACAUUGUUGUAAAUUGUUUUAGCAUGUCAAAGGUAAGAAAAAACAGGGUCUAUGACUUAUUUGUAAAACAAAGCACAGGCACUGAGGAUUAUAGUAAAACCCUUAAAUGUUUAUAUGUACCACUGUGUGACUGAGGGGGGUUUCUCCCUGAUCCACUGGAACGCCUUGCUACCUAAUAAAUUCAGCUGUCCAGCAGAUAAAGAGAACCGCCCCAUAGGUGAGUUUGUUUUGUUUUUUUUGUUAAUUGAUUGUCUGGCAUUUGUGGAGGCAUGUUAUCCAUGCUUUCUCCCUCUUUUUUCAUGCUUUGUAUCACUUGACUUUCACCUUUCCCUCCAUGUGUUCCUCCCAGUGGAGAGAGCUGCACAGUGUGCCUGAGGCAACUGCAGGCAUCGAGCGGGGCCCACAUAGUACAGUAACAGUGUGUAUGUGCGUGUACAGUAUCUGUGUUUCUCUGUGUGCAUUUGUGUGUUUAUGCAUUGAAGUGCAGGAAGAGAUGAUAGGAUGAUAGGAAAGAAGAUAAACUGCGAAAAGGUCAGAAAGUGAGGAUGGCUAGGGGGUUUAUGUGCGUGCGCACGUGCAUCCUUAUUUAGGGGGUUGACAGCACAGAUGAUAGGGGGGGAGAUUACACAAGAGAUGGUUUUCGAAGAUAAACGGUGGGUGGGAGUCAGAGAGAGAGAUGACAUGACAUCAUUGGGCUGUGAAAGAGUUUCUCUUUCCUCUCAUUCCCCAUUUCUAUCAGCAUUCAGUCAUCUGUUUCCACACCAACAGAGAUACAAAUUGCAUAGAAAGGCGGAAUAAGGGAGCGCACGUUGCACAUUUUGCAGAGCAAAACUUUAAAGACUGACUCCCUGGGAUGAACGAAGGAGGAUGAAGGGAGUGAUGGGGAUAGUAUGAAGGGAUUUGCAGAGAGAGAAAAGCCGAUGCUUGAUGUGGAAGCCUGCAGAUAGAGGAAAGACCCUUCCUUCUCCCCUCCCCUCUCUCUUCCUCUCUUUAUAUAUCCUCCCUGCUGUCUGUCUGACGCAGCGGAGGAGAAAAGAAAAACCCUCAGCGUCGUGCUUUGCGCUGCCUCGCCUCCCUCUGCCAGAACGCCGCCAUGCGCCACUCAAGUGUUGAUAAAUUGCCGCCACCUGCCUCAUUUUUCAUCACUGCCUCGUCGUCAAACACAUACGCACUGACACAAAAACCCUGUGCACUCUUCAGCGAUAACAAGAACAAUUGCUGAGCCCCAGGAAUGAAACAUGGGAA